GAGCGCAAUGUUUACCAUCGAUUCGUAAAGAGCAUCUUGUCUGUAAUAAAACGCGUUGGCAAUAUAUAUAUCUAUCAGCAACGUCACGCGUCGAGUAAAUUACCUUAUACUUGGUUGUCAAAGUUGCGCGAGACGACCACGACUGCUGACGAUGUCGCGUAUUAUACGGACUCAGUACUGCUGCUGCUGAUCGUCGCCUGUCAAUUAUAAACAAAGUGGGUGUAUGCGUGGAUGUGUCAGCUGUGUGUCCGUUAAAACUCUCACUCCGCGCGUGCAUUAGGGUAUAACAUUGUUGUACUCGUCGUCGCGUCGUCGAGAAAAAAAGAGAUCAGAGUGUAAAGAAAAUCAGCAACGCACACACAAUGGCAGGCGGUAAUGGUCUACACAUCGCGUCUCUGCCCUUUGAGCUCAUAGAGAUGAUCGCUGCCGAUCCGCAGCUGAGCCUGGACGACGUCAAGGCUCUCAUGCUCACCUGCAGACGGCUCAAUGGCACAGUCAGAAAUAGCAAUCACGUUUGGAAGUAUCAGUUCUUUCGAACAUGGCCCAACAUGGCAUACAUUUAUCAAAAACAAGAGAGGCAAGUAAAAGACUGGUACCUGGAGAUGCAGGCCUCGAUGCAGCUGAGAAAAGAAAUAAUACAGCAGUUGGCACUGAUUUCACCCAAAUAUUACUACAGAGAUGAUAUUUCGUAUUCGGCGUUUGCAAAUUUUGAUAGACUGUGCGAUGAGGGCACCCACGUAAUGGCGUAUUAUUUCAUCAUAGAUGAAUUGAUAAGGUUCAUCAACUUGGUUGAUGAAAGAAGAACUACACAGCUUACUCUUGCAUAUUAUGCUAAGAAAGUUAUAAGGCAUCUUGUGCAAAAGUCUAUUGAAGUGGAAUGGGAAAAAUUUAUGAAGCUUCCACCCUCUAAGCAAUUAUUAGAAAUUGCAGCUACAUUAGUAGCUCAAUGGACUCAACCAACACAAAUCAUCACAUAUGAAUACAUAAGCAGUAUGUUAGACGAUAUCGCAGACAGAGCUAUGGAAACAUUGAAGAUCAGGCAUCCUAAGCAUCCCAUUUUUUCAACGUCCCAAGAAGUCUUAGAUCAUUGGAAAAAUCACAAUAUAGAUGAUAAUCAAUGGUCACUAUCUGAAAAUCAGCAAAUUUUGGCAGUGCUAAGCGAAGUGAUGUUUGUCAGAUUACAUUUCCGUGGAGAUAGAGAAUCUUAUUACUUGGUCAAGACAUCAUUAAUAAACAAAGUAUUAGAAUUUAAAUAUGGUGUUCCUUUGACUUUAGCAAUAAUAUAUGAGAGUGUUGGUCGUCGAUUAGGCAUUAAGUGUGAACCCGUCAAUUUUCCUACUCAUUUUCUUUUAAGAUGGAAAGAAACAUAUAAACGUGUACCUAAUCCUUCUAAAAUCGAGAAUUAUUAUGUCGAUGUUUUUAGUGGUGGUCACUUUUUAACUUACAGAAAUUGUCCUAGAAUAGCGCCAAUAGCUGGAGUUGUCCGAUGUCCUCAUGAAGAAGUUAUGCAAAACGUUGCUUCAGCGAAACAGGUCAUUGAGAGAAUGGCGAGUAAUAUAGAGACUGCAGCGAGAUCUCGUUCUUACAGAUGUGGAAGUUCGACGAAACUUCGUUCGGCUUUUGAAUUGUUACACAUGCUCAAACCAAAAGACACAGGAGUGAUUUUACACAUAGCAAGAUAUUACAUGUUAUAUAAAAUGGAUUUGUCUAAAUUCAUCAAAAUAUUGACGGACAUAAAACAAAACUCGGAACUAGUGUCGAGAGGGCCAGCUACUAAUAUAUUAAAAUUACUUCAAGACUAUGAAAUCCGUAUAAAAAAUGAGGGAGAAUAUAAAAUGAUAAUUAAAAAAAGGAGAGAUGGAAUGAGGCACACGAUUGGUGCGAUUAUGGAGCACACGCCAAAUCAUGAGCUAUGCGUAAUAAUUGGAUGGGAAUGGAGACGCGAUAUUCACUCUCACGAAUUUAAAGAAGUAUUGUUUUAUCAGAUACUAACAGACGAAAUGAUGAAGUGGACAUUAGAAGAAUGUUUGAGCCCCGUGGAGAAUCCAAGAUGGAUAGAAAACUAUGAUAUCGGACGAUACUUCAAUGAAUUUAAAGGAACCCAUUAUGUGCCUGUUGAAGAAUUUUCAAUUGAGUAUCCAGAAGAUGCCGCGGUUCGCGAUCAGUAUAUAGCUAGAACCUAUCGAGCAUCUUAAAGUAUUGUUGACCUGUUUAAUAUUGACUUUUAACUAUUUUUACGAUUUGACAAGACGCAAUUUUUUUCUGUACAAAUUACAAUUGUAAGGAAGAGAAGUGAACGAUUAUGAAAUUUCAAAUUGUAAUAUUAGGUCGACGAUUUUCAUUUUAAGAAAAUUGUCAAGUCAGAAAAAAGUAUUAUACAUUGUGUAAUUCGGUUAUUUACAUGCAUAGAGAAAAUGUAGCUAGGUACGUUAAUUUUUAAUACGAUAAAAUCGAAGAGUGAAACGUGCAUCUUUCUACGAAUGUAAUUCAACAAGUUUCAUUUGUGUUGAUUAAAAUACGCUUAUAAAUCUUCUGUAAGUAUUGUAAAUUAAACGCUGUAAAUUCGCAACGAAGUGAAAGAAAAAAAAACGUACAGAAUUUUAACAAAAUAUAAUUUCCAAAGAAUUAUUUUUUAUCCGGCUGACCAGAACGUUCAAAUUCGAUUGAAUAAUUAUUGAUUAUUUGUUCUCAGUCGAGCUGAAGUGUAAAAAGUCUUUGAAUUUCUCAUAGAAAUGUUUAUAAAACGAUUGUAUCUAUCGCAAGUAUAUUAUUUUCUCGCGUUUGACUGUAAAUAAGUUGAAGCGUAUUAUCAUAAUUAUGAAUGUUUUUUUAUACAGUCAGAUAAUACUAUUGUUCUCAAAUCGUGUUUAAAUAUAUCGCAAGAACUAUAUUUUUUUAAUUAAUUUGCAAGGAUCAUACUCAUAUAGUAUUUCUCUCGAAUAAUGUGUAAUAGUUUCUAUAGUAUUGCAAUAAAUUUUUUAUGAACGAA